GCGCCGGGGACCGCCGCCAACCCCGGCGACCAGCAGGUGCCCGUCGUGUCGCCGUCGCCGUUCUACCUCUCGUCGUCGUCCACGCCCGUGCCGGCAGUGCCCGCCACCGAGGACGAGUUCGGCUCCAUGAUGGUCAAGCCGGAGCCCUCGUCGCUGUACCUGGGCGGCGGAGGGCAGUGCGCCGUCACGUCGGCGGACACCACGUCGACGGCGUCCUCCGUGGUGAAGAGCGAGCCGACGUACGGUGGCAUGGACCUGCCGUUCCUGCCGCGCCAGCCGGUGCCCGUCGCCCCCUACGCCUACCAGUUCCACCACCAGGCCGGCCCGUCCGGCCCCGCCGCGCCACUGUCGGCCAGCGUCCCGCUAGGGCAGAUCUCGCCUCCCGGCACGCCGGACAACCUGGGCGGCUUCUACCACCCGCACCACCACCAUCACCACCACCACAACCACCAUCACCACCACCAAAGCGAGUUCCACCCGUUCCCGCGGCAGCCGCUACCGCCGCCGCAGCAGCCCCUGCAGCCGCCCAACGCGCACCACAAGAUGGCGUCGCACUUCAAGAUCCUGACGCCGCCGUCGUCGCCCCACCUGUCCGGGAGCCAGCUGCCGCACCUGCAGCACCUCCCGCACCAGCCGCCGGGCUACCCCCUGCGGCACAUGCCGCUGCCGCCGCCAGCGCCGCCGCCCGCCGCCACGUCCACGACGGCGUCCUCCACCACCCCCGCCACCGGGGCCUCCGGGUCCACGCCGGCCAAGCCGCGGCGCCGGAGGAACUGGUCGCGGAGGAAGGUGAUCGUGCACACGUGCGGGCAGCCGGGCUGCGGCAAGACGUACACCAAGUCCUCGCACCUCAAGGCGCACCUCCGCACGCACACGGGCGAGAAGCCCUACCAGUGCGGCUGGAAGGGCUGCGGCUGGAAGUUCGCGCGCUCCGACGAGCUGACCAGGCACUACCGCAAGCACACUGGCGACAGGCCCUUCCAGUGCAGACUCUGCGACCGGUCCUUCUCGCGGAGCGACCACCUGUCGCUGCACAUGAAGAGGCACAUGACCAUGUGAUCCAGUGCAGUGUCGUUGUGUUAACGGGUCAAGUGUCCAGCGGGAAAGCUAGUGACUUUUAUUUUUCUCUUUACUUCUCUUCUUUUGAAGGAACGAUAGGGGCUGAUAGAUGUUCGAAUUCUAAAGACAUGCGUGAAGCGGCGCCACUAGGCGGGGGCGUCGCCAACGCACCCUGAUUUUCUUCUUGUUCCUAUGGGGGAUUCGCACCCCACCUAGAGUACAGUGAGUACGGUGUGAUGUCAUGCUUCGUGUGGUAAAAUAAAUAGGUGAGAAAUUAUUUUUACGCCAAAAAUGUUAUAAAUAAUAAGAUAUCGUGAUAAAAGUAUAAAUAUGUAAAGAACGGGUCGUUAAGAAGUUAAAAUCAAAGGAACAAUGCAAGAACAUAUGUAUAAGAAUUGCACCCCCCAUCUUUUUUUUUAUUUUUUUUUAGAAAAAUCUUAUUUUUGUACACCGCGAAAUUUAUUGUUGUACUUCUCUUUGUUAUGCCUCCGUUUUGUCGGGGUGUAUUUUGCCAGGUUCUGCACCCGCAGUGUCAAUAAAAUAAUCAGUAUUAAAAUGGAUCAGAGAGAAAGCUCUGAGCUGGCCGAUUCCGUGACCCAAAUCUGAGGGUUAACUUCGCCUCUGUUUGGCAGAGCAAGCAUCCAGUGAACAACCCGUGCCAUGUUACGCCGACUGGGAGGACAAGUCAGUCGCUUGUACGAGAAUUAUUAUACAAGUCGGUAGCACGUACCCACCGACCGAUAUGAGGCACUUCUGAAAGCACUUUGGCACUUUGAGUCUUUGAGACGGUGCCGUUCUUCAGCGGCACAAUGAUUUGCUGCGGUCGGUUGUGACCGAGAAGUCUGUACAAAAAUAAUUUAUUUUGUUGAAUCGUCAAAAUCUUUUAGGUACCUGUACAUAUUGGUAUUUUUUGUAAAGAGUUAGUUAGCUUGUUGUGAUCGUGAGGUGGCAACCACCACCACUGUGUCAUUAUGUUGAAUUCACGAGAACGGAAAAAAAGCAAUAAUUUUGCUUUGCGAAUCUUUCGAGUGACCUCUGAUGCUUUUCGGAGCACAAUAUUGUCCGAGGUUUCGGAAAGAUAUGGUCUUCCAAACCAUCUCACCAAUGUGAUGUUUAUGUUUGUCAUAUUUUAUAAAUAAAACCUCAUCAAGUACAAUGA